AUGUUAAUGGAACCCCCUACGGAAGUUGGAGCUGCUAUUCCAGCUCAUACACCUCAUGCUGUAUCUGUCAUGUUUCCUACGUGGCAAGAUAAUAUUGAUUACGAGGAAGCCAACCCUAGAGUUACGUCGAAAAUGGAGUGCGGUUAUCCCCGAUUCUUUAUUCAUCCCCUCAUUCAGAAGUUAUGCAGCCGAAUACUGUCAAAAUACGGGAAAGAGGACGAUCUGUGUAUGCUUUUUCCUACCCACAAGGUAGCAGAAGAUUGCCGAUGUUUUAUGAAGCGCUAUUAUACAGAGUCGGUUGAUAGAAUCAGAAUUGUUGAAUUUGAUGUGGUCGCCAGUCAUUCACCUGCAGCAUCAUUGAAAAAGGUUCCAUUACAUAUUGUGUUAUUUCCCAAGGAAGCUUUUCCUGUAGCAAAGCAAUUUUGGCAACAUGCAGGUGAUAUUGUCUCGUCACGUAUGGCCGAUUACUGCUUACAAGUAAUGGACCAGAACGAAGUCAAUGAUAAUAGUAAAAACUCAAAUGACGAAACCGAACUUUAUAGACCUAAAAUGACAAUGGGCCGAAGCAGAAGUCAUUACAAUAACAACAGUAGUAGAUCCCUAAAAUUUGCAGAACGUACAAACAGUGAGGAAGAUGGAACUGUAGAUCACUUGACUUAUUUAGAAGAGCGUUAUGGCCGUAAUUUACCCAUCAAAUACGCAGCUAAUGCUAAAAUUGCAUUAAAGCGACGUAUUGCCGGAAUCCUAACAGAGGACGUAGAGCUAGCUGGCGAGCAAAACGUCACUACAGCCGAUGAACUAGAAGCGCAAAAGAAGCUGCAGGGUGUUCGGGGCAUGGCAGGUUUAAUUGAAGAUGAUGUUUAUUUAUAUCCCUGUGGCAUGAGUGCAAUUUACCAUGCCUUCAAGACCGCUUCAGCCAUUGGUGAUGAAUCAUUGAAGAGCGUUUGCUUCGGUUUCCCAUAUACAGAUACUCUCAAAAUCCUUCAAAAAUGGGGCGCUGGUUGUCAUUUCUACGGUAAUGGAGAGGAUAAUGAUAUCGAUGAUUUGGAACACCGUUUGGAGUCUGGCAAGCGCAUAUUGAGCUUGUUUUGUGAAUUCCCGUCUAAUCCGUUACUCAAGUCACCUGAUUUGAAACGAAUUCGCGCUUUGGCAGACAAAUUCAAUUUUUUGGUAGUGGUGGACGAAACCAUUGGUAAUUUCUGCAAUGUAUGUGUUUUACCCUGGGCAGACAUGGUGGUUAGCAGUUUAACAAAGGUAUUCUCAGGAGAAUCAAAUGUCAUGGGAGGAAGCAUGAUUCUCAAUCCCAACGGACGUAAUUACCAGCAGUUGAAGUCAACUUUAGAUACAGAAUACGAAGAUUUAUUAUGGUCCGAAGACUUGAUCUUCUUGGAACGUAAUUCUCGUAACUUUAAAGAACGAUCGCACAUCAUCAAUCAAAAUGCGGAAGCUCUAUGUGAUUUUCUGAUAAAUCAUCCCAAAGUUGAGAAAGUGUUCUACCCUAAAUACACAUGUAGGAAAUACUAUGACGCUAUCAAACUCGACACUGAAACGGCAGGUUAUGGCGGUUUAUUUUCCAUGGUAUUGAAAGAUGAGAAGAGCGCUGCUACCUUUUAUAAUCACUUGAGUUGCGCGAAAGGUCCUUCGCUAGGCACAAACUUUACGUUGUGCAGCCCUUACACCAUCCUCGCUCACUAUACAGAGCUGGAUUGGGCCUCUCAAUACGGCGUCAGUCGACAUUUGGUACGCGUUAGUGUUGGUUUAGAACCCCGAGAAGAGCUCCUAUCAAUGUUCGCAGCAGCUUUAGAUCUUGUCCAGCAAUAA